GUUUUGUUGACUGGGUACAUCUGGCCGACUGGGAAACGUCAACGAUGAUACAGAAAUAGGGAACACUGUCGUCAAAAGAAGGAAAAAUAGAACAAAUUGCAUACAACGCGAUCGUGGAUUCUUAUCGCAAAUUUUGCAGCCUAAUUCCGCAGCAUCAGGGCCAACUUAUCCGGGCUCGAAAACACAGGUCGUCAUGAUCAAAGCGAUACUAGUGUUUAACAACCAUGGCAAGCCGAGACUGUCCAAGUUCUAUCAGUAUUUUAAUGAAGACAUGCAGCAGCAGAUUAUAAAGGAAACAUUCCAACUGGUAUCGAAGCGGGACGACAAUGUGUGCAAUUUCCUCGAAGGCGGAAGCCUGAUCGGUGGUUCAGACUACAAACUCAUCUACCGACACUAUGCAACGCUAUACUUUGUGUUUUGCGUCGAUUCAUCGGAAAGCGAGUUGGGCAUCCUCGAUCUGAUACAGGUGUUCGUUGAAACCUUGGACAAAUGUUUCGAAAAUGUUUGCGAACUUGAUUUGAUCUUCCACGCCGACGCCGUACACCACAUCCUCUCCGAACUGGUCAUGGGUGGCAUGGUACUGCAGACAAACAUGUCCGACAUUCUGGCCCGCAUUGAGGAACAGAACAAGUUGCAGAAGCAGGAGGCUGGGAUUUCUGCGGCUCCGGCACGGGCUGUCAGUGCGGUGAAGAGCAUGAACCUACCGCAGCAAAUCAAGGAUAUCAAGCUGCCGGAUUUGCCGCAAGCGAUAAAAGAUUUGAAGUUCUGACCUAACCACAAUUUCGAUGCAUCGCUACUCACGAAAAUUUCCGCCGAUUCGUCGUACAUUCCCAUCAACAGCAGUCUGGAGGGCUUCAGUUUCGAGUGCUAUCAGUCCGAGUACGUUGGCGCGGGAUCGUCCGCCAAGGAUCUGGACGCGGAGUCGUCACCCAGGAGCAGUUUACGAAACGCGUCCACAUCUGCGUCAACACUUUCGCUACGAAACAAACCAAAAUCGUCCAAGAAAUCUUCAUCGAUUGCCUCCAGUGCCACGCUUCUUUCAACGAACAGCGAGCGCGACGAAGGCUUCUAGUGCAGGGUACAUUGGUAGAACCGAUUGCAAACGAAGUAGGAAGUAGGCGAAUGAAGGCGUGUGACUUUUCGGUUUUUGGUGCUCUUUACUAUUGAUAGUGUUCCUUCGCUGUUUUGUUUUGUGUUCGUGUUCCGUUUAAUCCGGAUGCCGUAUGUACGCGGACGCACCUGUUAACGCUCGAAAUGUACUUUCAUUAAUCAACUGAAUGCAAGGAUUUAGUUCUAGAGUUCAGUUAUUUAUACUUGAGUUAUAUACAAGAAAGAGAUUUAUCGUAAUGCAACGUUAUCUAAGCAAAUAAUGGAACAUAAACAAAAUAAUUUCAUACAAAUACACAAA